AGGUGGAGAGAGGUGUUUGCGAUCCUUGAACUCAAGGCAACACACGUCACCAGAAGAGUUGGACGGACUGGUUAUCCGUUUUUCGAAUUUGCAGCGUGUAUCAGAAAGACGCAUCAUUGAUCAAUGAUGAGGCUUUUCGUUUGUCUUAUCGUCUGCUUCUGUUCGGCAGUAGCUAACGCACAAGUAUCAAUCCGUCUAGUCGAUGGCUCAUCAAGUAACGAAGGUCGAGUUGAAGUCAAUUACAACGGACAAUGGGGAACCGUCUGUGAUGAUCUCUGGGACGACACCGAUGCGGCAGUGGUGUGUCAAAUUCUUGGUCUAGGUGAGACUGGGAGUGCCCUUAGUAAUGCUGCCUUUGGACAAGGGAGUGGAGACAUCAUUCUGGACAAUGUUGAGUGCGUUGGAACUGAAACGGAUCUCUUCUCGUGUCCUAGUAACGGACCACUCAAUCACAACUGCGGGCAUAGUGAAGACGCAGGAGUGCAAUGCAUCAGCACACCAUCCGUAUCAAUCCGUCUAGUCGAUGGCUCAUCAAGUAACGAAGGUCGAGUUGAAGUCAAUUACAACGGACAAUGGGGAACCGUCUGUGAUGAUCUCUGGGACGACACCGAUGCGGCAGUGGUGUGUCAAAUUCUGGGUCUAGGUGAGACUGGGAGUGCCCUUAGUAAUGCUGCCUUUGGACAAGGGAGUGGGGACAUCAUUCUGGACAAUGUUGAGUGCGUUGGAACUGAAACGGAUCUCUUCUCGUGUCCAAGUAACGGACCACUCAGUCACAACUGCGGGCAUAGUGAAGACGCAGGAGUGCAAUGCAUCAGCACACCAUCCGUAUCAAUCCGUCUAGUCGAUGGCUCAUCAAGUAACGAAGGUCGAGUUGAAGUCAAUUACAACGGACAAUGGGGAACCGUCUGUGAUGAUCUCUGGGACGACACCGAUGCGGCAGUGGUGUGUCAAAUUCUUGGUCUAGGUGAGACUGGGAGUGCCCUUAGUAAUGCUGCCUUUGGACAAGGGAGUGGAGACAUCAUUCUGGACAAUGUUGAGUGCGUUGGAACUGAAACGGAUCUCUUCUCGUGUCCUAGUAACGGACCACUCAGUCACAACUGCGGGCAUAGUGAAGACGCAGGAGUGCAAUGCAUCAGCACACCAUCCGUAUCAAUCCGUCUAGUCGAUGGCUCAUCAAGUAACGAAGGUCGAGUUGAAGUCAAUUACAACGGACAAUGGGGAACCGUCUGUGAUGAUCUCUGGGACGACACCGAUGCGGCAGUGGUGUGUCAAAUUCUGGGUCUAGGUGAGACUGGAAGUGCCCUUAGUAAUGCUGCCUUUGGACAAGGGAGUGGAGACAUCAUUCUGGACAAUGUUGAGUGCGUUGGAACUGAAACGGAUCUCUUCUCGUGUCCUAGUAACGGACCACUCAGUCACAACUGCGGGCAUAGUGAAGACGCAGGAGUGCAAUGCAUCAGCACACCAUCCGUAUCAAUCCGUCUAGUCGAUGGCUCAUCAAGUAACGAAGGUCGAGUUGAAGUCAAUUACAACGGACAAUGGGGAACCGUCUGUGAUGAUCUCUGGGACGACACCGAUGCGGCAGUGGUGUGUCAAAUUCUUGGUCUAGGUGAGACUGGGAGUGCCCUUAGUAAUGCUGCCUUUGGACAAGGGAGUGGAGACAUCAUUCUGGACAAUGUUGAGUGCGUUGGAACUGAAACGGAUCUCUUCUCGUGUCCUAGUAACGGACCACUCAAUCACAACUGCGGGCAUAGUGAAGACGCAGGAGUGCAAUGCAUCAGCACACCAUCCGUAUCAAUCCGUCUAGUCGAUGGCUCAUCAAGUAACGAAGGUCGAGUUGAAGUCAAUUUUAACGGACAAUGGGGAACCGUCUGUGAUGAUCUCUGGGACGACACCGAUGCGGCAGUGGUGUGUCAAAUUCUGGGUCUAGGUGAGACUGGAAGUGCCCUUAGUAAUGCUGCCUUUGGACAAGGGAGUGGAGACAUCAUUCUGGACAAUGUUGAGUGCGUUGGAACUGAAACGGAUCUCUUCUCGUGUCCUAGUAACGGACCACUCAGUCACAACUGCGGGCAUAGUGAAGACGCAGGAGUGCAAUGCAUCAGCACACCAUCCGUAUCAAUCCGUCUAGUCGAUGGCUCAUCAAGUAACGAAGGUCGAGUUGAAGUCAAUUACAACGGACAAUGGGGAACCGUCUGUGAUGAUCUGUGGGACGACACCGAUGCGGCAGUGGUGUGUCAAAUUCUUGGUCUAGGUGAGAGCGGGAGUGCCCUUGGGAGUGCUGCCUUUGGAGAAGGGAGUGGAGACAUCAUUCUGGACAAUGUUGAGUGUGUCGGAACUGAAACGGAUCUCUUCUCGUGUCCUAGUAACGGUCCACUCAGUCACAACUGCGGGCAUGGAGAAGACGCAGGAGUGCAAUGCAUCAGCACACCAUCCGUAUCAAUCCGUCUAGUCGAUGGCUCAUCAAGUAACGAAGGUCGAGUUGAAGUCAAUUACAACGGACAAUGGGGAACCGUCUGUGAUGAUCUCUGGGACGACACCGAUGCAGCAGUCGUGUGUCAAAUUCUUGGUCUAGGUGAGAGCGGGAGUGCCCUUGGGAGUGCUGCCUUUGGACAAGGUAGUGGAGACAUCAUUCUGGACAAUGUUGAGUGUGUCGGAACUGAAACGGAUCUCUUCUCGUGUCCUAGUAACGGACCACUCAGUCACAACUGCGGGCAUGGAGAAGACGCAGGAGUGCAAUGCAUCAGCACACCAUCCGUAUCAAUCCGUCUAGUCGAUGGCUCAUCAAGUAACGAAGGUCGAGUUGAAGUCAAUUACAACGGACAAUGGGGAACCGUCUGUGAUGAUCUGUGGGACGACACCGAUGCAGCAGUCGUGUGUCAAAUUCUUGGUCUAGGUGAGAGCGGGAGUGCCCUUAGUAAUGCUGCCUUUGGACAAGGGAGUGGAGACAUCAUUUUGGACAAUGUUGAGUGUGUCGGAACUGAAACGGAUCUUUUCUCGUGUCCUAAUAACGGACCACUCAUUCACAACUGCGGGCAUGGUGAAGACGCAGGAGUGCAAUGCAGCAGCACAUCAUCCGUAUCAAUCCGUCUAGUCGAUGGCUCAUCAAGUAACGAAGGUCGAGUUGAAGUCAAUUACAACGGACAAUGGGGAACCGUCUGUGAUGAUCUGUGGGACGACACCGAUGCGGCAGUGGUGUGUCAAAUUCUUGGUCUAGGUGAUACUGGGAGUGCCCUUAGUAAUGCUGCCUUUGGACAAGGGAGUGGAGACAUCAUUCUGGACAAUGUUCAGUGUGUCGGAACUGAAACGGAUCUUUUCUCGUGUCCUAAUAACGGACCACUCAUUCACAACUGCGGGCAUGGUGAAGACGCAGGAGUGCAAUGCAGCAGCACACCAUCCGCCUUGACAGCAUCAAUACGUCUUGUCGAUGGCUCAUCAAGUAACGAAGGUCGAGUCGAAGUCAAUUACAACGGACAAUGGGGAACCGUCUGUGAUGAUCUCUGGGACGACACCGAUGCAGCAGUCGUGUGUCAAAUUCUUGGUCUAGGUGAGACCGGGAGUGCCCUUAGUAAUGCUGCCUUUGGACAAGGUAGUGGAGACAUCAUUCUGGACAAUGUUCAGUGUGUCGGAACUGAAACGGAUCUCUUCUCGUGUCCUAGUAACGGACCACUCAGUCACAACUGCGGGCACGGUGAAGACGCUGGGGUACGAUGCAACAGCACAUCAUCCGGUACAGUGUCUCGAAAUCCUUGUUCCAACUCCUUUUGUCAUAAUGGUGGUAGCUGUAUUGCUCCAGCAGACCUUCCGAUGUGUAUUUGCCAGCUUGGAUUUAGUGGGGAGUUCUGUCAGGAACCAUCAAUCCGUCUAGUCGAUGGCUCAUCAAAUAACGAAGGUCGAGUUGAAGUCAAUUACAACGGACAAUGGGGCACCGUAUGUGAUGAUCUCUGGGACGACACCGAUGCUACAGUCGUGUGUCAAAUUCUUGGUCUAGGUGAGACUGGGAGUGCCCUUGGAAGUGCUGCCUUUGGACAAGGUAGUGGAGACAUCAUUCUGGACAAUGUUGAGUGUGUCGGAACUGAAACGGAUCUCUUCUCGUGUCCUAGUAACGGACCACUCAGUCACAACUGCGGGCAUGGUGAAGACGCAGGAGUGCAAUGCAGCAGCACACCAUCAGCAUCACUCCGUCUAGUCGAUGGCUCAUCAAGUAACGAAGGUCGAGUUGAAGUCAAUUACAACGGACAAUGGGGAACCGUCUGUGAUGAUCUCUGGGACGACACCGAUGCAGCAGUCGUGUGUCAAAUUCUUGGUCUAGGUGAGAGCGGGAGUGCCCUUGGAAGUGCUGCCUUUGGACCAGGUAGUGGAGACAUCAUUCUGGACAAUGUUGAGUGUGUCGGAACUGAAACGGAUCUCUUCUCGUGUCCUAGUAACGGACCACUCAGUCACAACUGCGGGCAUGGUGAAGACGCAGGAGUGCAAUGCAGCGGCACACCAUCCGUAUCAAUCCGUCUAGUCGAUGGCUCAUCAAGUAACGAAGGUCGAGUUGAAGUCAAUUACAACGGACAAUGGGGAACCGUCUGUGAUGAUUUCUGGGACGACACCGAUGCGGCAGUGGUGUGUCAAAUUCUUGGUCUAGGUGAGAGCGGGAGUGCCCUUGGGAGUGCUGCAUUUGGAGAAGGGAGUGGAGACAUCAUUCUGGACGACGUUCAGUGUGUUGGAACUGAAACGGAUCUUUUUUCGUGUCCUAAUAACGGACCACUCAAUCACAACUGCGGGCAUGGUGAAGACGCAGGAGUGCAAUGCAUCAGCACAUCAUCGGGUGCAAUCCGUCUUGUCGAUGGCUCAUCAAGUAACGAAGGUCGAGUCGAAGUCAAUUACAACGGACAAUGGGGAACCGUCUGUGAUGAUCUGUGGGACGACACCGAUGCUACAGUUGUGUGUCAAAUUCUGGGUCUAGGUGAGACUGGGAGUGCCCUUGGGAGUGCUGCAUUUGGAGAAGGUAGUGGAGACAUCAUUCUGGACAAUGUGCAGUGUGUCGGAACUGAAACGGAUCUCUUCUCGUGUCCUAGUAACGGACCACUCAGUCACAACUGCGGGCAUGGAGAAGACGCAGGAGUGCAAUGCAGCAGCACACCAUCAGUAUCAAUCCGUCUAGUCGAUGGCUCAUCAAGUAACGAAGGUCGAGUUGAAGUCAAUUACAACGGACAAUGGGGAACCGUCUGUGAUGAUUUCUGGGACGACACCGAUGCGGCAGUGGUGUGUCAAAUUCUUGGUCUAGGUGAGAGCGGGAGUGCCCUUGGGAGUGCUGCAUUUGGAGAAGGGAGUGGAGACAUCAUUCUGGACGACGUUCAGUGUGUUGGAACUGAAACGGAUCUUUUUUCGUGUCCUAAUAACGGACCACUCAAUCACAACUGCGGGCAUCGUGAAGACGCAGGAGUGCAAUGCAUCAGCACACCAUCUGGUGCAAUCCGUCUUGUCGAUGGCUCAUCAAGUAACGAAGGCCGAGUCGAAAUCAAUUACAACGGACAAUGGGGAACCGUCUGUGAUGAUCUGUGGGACGACACCGAUGCGGCAGUGGUGUGUCAAAUUCUUGGUCUAGGUGAGACUGGGAGUGCCCUUGGUAGUGCUGCAUUUGGAGAAGGUAGUGGAGACAUCAUUCUGGACAAUGUUCAGUGUGUCGGAACUGAAACGGAUCUUUUCUCGUGUCCUAGUAACGGACCACUCAGUCACAACUGUGUGCACGCUGAAGACGCAGGAGUGCAAUGCAUCAGCACAUCAUCUGCAUCAAUCCGUCUUGUCGAUGGCUCAUCAAGUAUCGAAGGUCGAGUUGAAGUCAAUUACAACGGACAAUGGGGAACCGUCUGUGAUGAUUACUGGGACGACACCGAUGCUACAGUCGUGUGUCAAAUUCUAGGUCUAGGUGAGAGUGGGAGUGCCCUUGGGAGUGCUGCUUUUGGACAAGGUAGUGGAGACAUCAUUCUGGACAAUGUUCAGUGUGUCGGAACUGAAACGGAUCUCUUCUCGUGUCCUAGUAACGCACCACUCAGUCACAACUGUGUGCACGCUGAAGACGCAGGAGUGCAAUGCAUCAGCACAUCAUCUGGUGCAAUCCGUCUUGUCGAUGGCUCAUCAAGUAACGAAGGUCGAGUUGAAGUCAAUUACAACGGACAAUGGGGAACCGUCUGUGAUGAUCUCUGGGACGACACCGAUGCGGCAGUGGUGUGUCAAAUUCUUGGUCUAGGUGAGAGCGGGAGUGCCCUUGGUAGUGCUGCAUUUGGACCUGGUAGUGGAGACAUCAUUCUUGACAAUGUUCAGUGUGUCGGAACUGAAACGGAUCUCUUCUCGUGUCCUAGUAACGGACCACUCAGUCACAACUGCGGGCAUAGUGAAGACGCAGGAGUGCAAUGCACCAGCACACCAUCCGUAUCAAUCCGUCUAGUCGAUGGCUCAUCAAGUAACGAAGGACGAGUCGAAGUCAAUUACAACGGACGAUGGGGAACCGUCUGUGAUGAUCUCUGGGACGACACCGAUGCAGCAGUGGUGUGUCAAAUUCUUGGUCUAGGUGAGAGCGGGAGUGCCCUUGGUAGUGCUGCAUUUGGAGAAGGUAGUGGAGACAUCAUUCUGGACAAUGUUGAGUGUGUCGGAACUGAAACGGAUCUUUUCUCGUGUCCUAGUAACGAACCACUCAGUCACAACUGCAUACAUGGAGAAGACGCAGGAGUGCAGUGCAGCAGCACACCAUCCACCUUGACGGCAUCAAUACGUCUUGUCGAUGGCUCAUCAAGUAGCGAAGGUCGAGUUGAAGUCAAUUACAACGGACAAUGGGGAACCGUCUGUGAUGAUCUGUGGGACGACACCGAUGCGGCAGUGGUGUGUCAAAUUCUUGGUCUAGGUGAGAGCGGGAGUGCCCUUGGUAGUGCUGCCUUUGGACAAGGGAGUGGAGACAUCAUUCUUGACAAUGUUGAGUGUACCGGAACUGAAACGAACCUCUUCUCGUGUCCUAGUAACGCACCACUCAGUCACAACUGUGUGCACGCUGAAGACGCAGGAGUGCAAUGCAUCAGCACAUCAUCUGUAUCAAUCCGUCUAGUCGAUGGCUCAUCAAGUAACGAAGGUCGAGUUGAAGUCAAUUACAACGGACAAUGGGGAACCGUCUGUGAUGAUUUCUGGGACGACACCGAUGCGGCAGUGGUGUGUCAAAUUCUUGGUCUAGGUGAGAGCGGGAGUGCCCUUGGGAGUGCUGCAUUUGGACAAGGGAUUGGAGACAUCAUUCUUGACGACGUUCAGUGUGUUGGAACUGAAACGGAUCUCUUCUCGUGUCCUAAUAACGGACCACUCAGUCACAACUGCGGGCAUGGUGAAGACGCAGGAGUGCGAUGCAUCAGCACAUCAUCUGGUGCAAUCCGUCUUGUCGAUGGCUCAUCAAGUAACGAAGGCCGAGUCGAAAUCAAUUACAACGGACAAUGGGGAACCGUCUGUGAUGAUCAAUGGGACGACACCGAUGCUAGAGUUGUGUGUCAAAUUCUUGGUAUAGGUGAGACUGCGAGUGCCCUUGGUAGUGCUGCAUUUGGAGAAGGUAGUGGAGACAUCAUUCUUGACAAUGUUCAGUGUACCGGAACUGAAUCGAACCUCUUCUCGUGUCCUAGUAACGGACCACUCAGUCACAACUGUGUGCACGCUGAAGAUGCAGGAGUUCAAUGCGGCAGCACAUCAUCUGACAACUCCAGUGGCUAUCCGUUUGGUUACAACAGUGAAUCUUCAUACCAUUAUGCAUUAUUAAACGUCUCGCAAACUUUAGGUGCAAUCCGUCUUGUCGAUGGGUCAUCAGGUAACGAAGGUCGAGUCGAAAUCGAAUACAACGGACAAUGGGGAACCGUCUGUGAUGAUCUCUGGGACGACACCGAUGCGACAGUGGUGUGUCAAAUUCUUGGUCUAGGUGAGAGCGGGAGUGCCCUUAGAAAUGCUGCCUUUGGACAAGGGAGUGGAGACAUCAUUCUUGACGACGUACAGUGUGUCGGAACUGAAACGGAUCUCUUCUCGUGUCCUAGUAACGGACCACUCAGUCACAACUGCGUGCAUGCUGAAGACGCAGGAGUGCGAUGCAUCAGCACAUCAUCCGAAUCAAUCCGUCUUGUCGGUGGCCAAUCAAUUAACGAAGGUCGAGUCGAAGUGCGUUACGAUGGACAAUGGGGAACCGUCUGUGAUGAUCUCUGGGACGACGCCGAUGCUGCAGUGGUGUGUCGAGCUCUUGGAUUUGGUGAUACAGCAGCUGCCAUCGGCCAAGCGAUGUUUGGGGAAGGUACUAAUAAAAUUGUCCUAGACAAUGUAGAGUGUCUUGGAAACGAAGCCGAUCUCUUCGCUUGUCCCAGCAAUGGUCCACUCAUCCACGACUGUCGGCACUACGAGGACGCGGGUGUCCUCUGUUACGUUUAGGACGGUGCUGAUGUAUCGUGAUACAUAUUGCGUGCUAUGGUGGUGUGUCGAUUUUACAACUCACUUUUGAUGGUGAUUUUUUUCAACGUAUACCUUUUUUUAUACACUUCAUCAAUGGAUAUGGAUCUCUUCUAUUUUCUGUCUUCACAAAACUUGUCAU